AUGCAGAGGACCAGGAGACGGUCCAGCGCCUCUGCGCCUGCACCUGCGCCUGGCCCCGGCGCCGCAAACGUCCCGCCAACUCCCACCGGCUUGGGCUUCAACUUCUCCUUCUUCAACAGUCCCAACGCCGCCACCACCGCUGCCAACACUAACAAUACCGCCUCUUCCUCACGACCGCGACCAGGCACAAGCUCCGGCGCCCCUCCGAUCUCAGCCGGCAUUGGCGGCUUCGCCAGCACCACCACCAACGGCGACCCGUUCCAAGCACAGCCGGCUCUAGCACCGCCUGGCCCCAACCUCUUGCGCAAGAACUCGCUCCGCGGCAAGCAGUCUUUCGACAACCUCGUCUCGCACUCGUCGCAGCUACAGUCGCAGUCCAUAUUCAGGGGCCUGCGCCGUCGCGCCAACUCGAGCUCCUCGCUCCGGGACAGGGAUGGCGUCGGCGCUGCGCUGGGCGUAGUAGCAACCGGUCAGAAGCCUGUCGUGACCAGCAGAGGGAACCCGCCCGCCCUGCCCGAUUUUGCCCUUGCAGCGGCUGCGAGAACGAGCCGCGACACCGACGUCUUUGCUUCCCCGAACUCCGCUCCAAAGUCCUACAUGGAUAUCUCCGGCGGCUAUAUUCAGACAUCCAACUCCAGGAUGCUGAGCCGGUCCGGCACCACCCCCGUCAACGGGUUCCCCUCGGGAGGGGGGAUGAUGCCGCCCCCCUCGGCAGGAGGUAUGCAGAACGAGUCCAACAUGGUGCAUCAGCAUAUACACGAGAUGGCCAACAAAAGGAUAUCCACGUUAGAAUAUUUACGGAAGGCCCACGAAGGCCGUGUCUACUGGUUUAACACCCUCCUCUUCGAUAAGCCCGAUCUCGCGCGCAUGCCCUACUUCGAUGCCCGGCGACUUGCCCGCCGGGCCACAAACUACCUCCUCCUGGGCCUAUCCCUCCCGACCGUCAUCGACCUCAACUCCUCCACGCCCAUGGAAUUCCUGCGCGCAUUCAACGUCUUACUAACAGAGUUCGAUUCCUUCCAACAAUUACACUCAGACUCAGGCUCAACCACCUCUUCUCUCUCCCGCGCGCGAAUACCGCAGAUGUUCAGGCGGGCCACACCCUCCUCAAAAGUAAGGCGGAGCAGCAAUGCCAACAACGAGAUAUUAUACGAGGCUGGCGACGGCGGGAUCAGCAGCACAAAUGGUGGCUCCAUGUCCGGCCAGGCGGCAUCGAACGGUGCAUUCACGGUGGGGAACGGCCUCGGAGGCUCGGCCAGCGUGGUCAGCUUCGGCCAGAGCGAGGCGGACCUAUUACCAGGGGAGGAGUACGUGCACUUGCUGACGCCAUCCUUACCGUUCGACCCGGACUUCUUCGAGACGUUCGCGACAUUGUGUGACGUUCUGAUCGAUGCUUACGCACGGCUAUUGAGCCUGCUACCGACGCCCAGGGAGUGCAACGCUGCCGUGGCCGAGCUCUUCACGAAGGCGGACUCAAGGGUGCGCAAAAUCAUCGUGCAGGGCAUCGUCAAGGAAUUCGAGGACACCAGCAGGAACGGGGUCAAGACAGAGGUGGCCAACGUGGGGAAGAUAGUGCUCGGAGGGCUGAUGUGA